CCUUGCAAAUGAAAGCCCAUUUAGCUGUGGAGAAUCAUACACGGAUGGUACUUGUUGGAUUUUGUGCCUUGACAAUGUACCUUAGAUCAGAAUAUGCCAAUACUGGUGAUGCCAGCACCAUGUAUAAUAAUGAAGUUAUAUAAUGACCUCGCAUGAAUAUGGCUCCACUACAUUCAGCAAAAAGCAGGUCCUUGUCUACCUUCUACUUUGUGCUGCUACUGCUUACACAAUUCCAUGGAAGAGUUUGCGCUAAGAUCACUCAGAGAUGCUUGUCUAAUCCCUGCCAGAACAAUGCUACAUGCUACGAGGAUGUUGACGAUUAUGUCUGCCAGUGUUUGGUGACUCCUAUCCACUACAUUGGGAAAAAUUGUGAAAAACGAUAUGAUGCAUGUUCAUUCAAUCCUUGCCAACAGCAUGCUGCCUGUGAAAGCACUGCAGGAAAUCCUAGCUUUACCUGUAUAUGUCCUCCUGGCUUCAGUGGGACAACCUGUGAAACUGAAAUUACUGAGUGCAGCAGCAAUCCAUGCAGAACUGAAAAGAGUUGUCAGAUUGGUCCUUUUCACAACACCUGUAUUUGCACAGAAGGGUUCACAGGUGCUUACUGUGAAACUGACAUAAAUGAAUGUGCAUCUGACCCAUGCCAGAAUGGAGCAGUUUGUGUGGAUGCAGUUAAUGGGUACUCAUGUUUUUGUGUACCUGGUUACCAAGGCAAGCACUGUGAAAUUGACGUAAACGAGUGUGCAUCUAACCCAUGUCAAAAUGGAGCCUUGUGUAUAAACAAGAUAGGAAGGUAUGAGUGCAUUUGCCAGCCUGGCUACACUGGUAUCAGCUGUGAACUGGAGACCGAUGAGUGCCAGUCAGAACCUUGCCUCAAUGGUGCCACCUGCCAGGAUUCUCACAACAGCUAUCUCUGCCUUUGUACAUCAGGAUUUCAUGGAAAUUUCUGUGAAAUAAACAUUGACGAGUGUGCCAGCUGGCCAUGUCAUCAUGGUGGCAAGUGUAUUGACCACAACAAUGGGUACAGCUGUGACUGCUCUGGCACUGGUUACACUGGUUUGCACUGUGAAACGUACAUACCACUUUGUUCCUCACAGCCAUGUCAUAACAAUGCCACCUGUGAGGACAACGUUAGAAACUACACCUGCCAUUGCUGGCCAGGAUUCAAGGGCUCACAAUGUGAAAUAGACAUAAAUGAGUGCAGCAGUAACCCAUGUCUUAAUGGAGGGGAAUGCAUAGAACGAUCCAGGGAAGAUCUAUACGGAGUCCUCCGAAAACUGCCACAAGAAUUCAAGUACUAUGAGGCCUCUGGUUACAUAUGUAGUUGCCAAAAUGGAUUUGCAGGUACUCACUGCCAAGAUGAAGUAAAUGAAUGCAACACAAACCCAUGUAAGAAUGAUGGACACUGUGAAAAUGUUGCUGGAGGUUACAUUUGCCACUGCUCACAAGAGGAUCAUCAUGGCAUAUUUUAUGGAGGACAAAACUGUUCUGAUAUUCUUCAUGGGUGUGAGAGUCAUGAAUGUAAGAAUGGUGGCACAUGCAUUCCAUACAUCAGGCAGGGGUUACAUAAGUACAGCUGUAUUUGUCUUUCUGGUUACACAGGCUCGAACUGUCAGCUGAUAACUACAUUUUCAUUUGAAGAAGGUGGUUAUCUUUAUAUUUCUACAACACAUGAUAAGAAGGAGCAAUUUUAUAAUGUAACCCUCACGUUCCGGACCACACAGCAGGAUGCAGUUAUAUUUUACAGAGGAAACGCAGCACAUUUUAUACUCUUAAAAUUAUCCAAAGGGCAUUUGCAAUCUGUAUUCCAAAUAAAUAACCAAGUGAGCAAGAACCUCCAUAUUUUACAGAAUGUCAGCGAUGGAGAAUGGCAUAAAGUGGAAACAACAGUAGGAGAUACUGUUGCUAUGAAGCUCAUGGAUAAGUCAUGCGAUGAAGUAUGUGAAAAUCAAACUGAAACAAUUUUCAACGACAGUCAACUGUUUCACAGUUUGCAAGAUAUAUUUUUUGGUGGUUUCCCUGCAGAUGGCAGGCUAAAUGAGCAUUUAGGUAACAUCAAUACCAACUUUUUGGAACCUUAUUUUGUUGGAUGUCUACAAGAUGUGCAUGUAGAUUCCAAGAGUAUUGUCCCUGAAAAUGUUUCAGGCAAUCAAUCACAAAAUCUCACACUGGGAUGCCAGAAAAAUGACUGGUGUAAAAAUGAUCCUUGUCAAGGCAAAGGGCAAUGUGUAAACCUCUGGUUAAAUUAUUACUGUGAUUGCUACAGGCCAUACAAGGGGAUAAAUUGCUCAGAAGAGUACAUUGCUGGGAGAUUUGGUCAGGAAGACACAAUAGGAUAUGCUGCAUUUUCAUUGGAUGAAACAUAUGCAGAAAAUUUUACAAUAUCGCUGUUUGUUCGCACACGAAAGCCUUCUGGCUUAAUCCUAGUUCUGAAAAAUGUGACUUCCCAUUACAUAAGAAUUUGGUUAGAUGAUGGCAGAUUGAAACUACAAAUUGAAGACCUACCUGUCAUGUCAACUGAACAUUAUCUUGAUGAUGGAUACUCUCAUUUCAUUAUGGUAAAGACUGAACAAGGCAAAAUAGACUUCCUUCUUUCAGACCAGAAGUUGGGUUCAAUUUAUUUUCAUCCAUUAAGUGUUCAAAAAGAAGAUAUGCUUUUCAUUGGAGGGCUACCAGAUCAACAUGGCACACGUAUAUAUGGAGGAAACUUUAAAGGAUGUGUGCAGGAUUUAAGGUUAAACUCCAAAGAAUUAGAAUUUUACCCUUCUAUCACGGCUUUAAACUCUCUGAGUGCAAAGGUUCUGGAAAACAUGACCAAGGGAUGUCCUGGAGAUGACUUCUGCAAGUCAAACCCGUGUCAGAAUGGUGGGUCCUGUUCCUCUCUCUGGGAUGACUUUGUGUGCACAUGUCCCCAAAGUACAGCUGGUAAAACCUGUAAGGAGGUCAGAUGGUGUGAACUUAAUCCGUGUCCUUCAGUCGCACAAUGCCAGGCUGUUUACAAUGGAUUUGAAUGUGCUGCUAACGCAAGAUUUACCAAAGACAGCAUGCUUUCCUACAGAGGAAAUGGGAAGAUAAUACGAGAGAUGACUCACAUCUCCUUUACAAUUCAGACCAGGACUACCGAAGCUACAGUACUGUAUGCUACCAAAGAGCCAGAAGAACUUAUGAUCAGCAUUGAGCAGUCCCAUUUAGUGUUUAAACUACAGAGUGGAAACAGCUUCUAUAUAACAAAACUAAUCAGUUCAGCUAAAGUGAGCGAUGGCAGCUGGCACAGAAUCACUCUUUCUAUGACAUCUCCCACAUCUCAGUCAUCUCAAUGGCAAAUGACUAUGGAUGACAAUGAAGAUGCUGUCUCAAGUACUGCCACAACUGGAAAUUUAAACUUUCUCAGGGAAGAAACAGACAUUUAUCUAGCUGGUGGGGCUACUUUAAAGAAUGACAGCUUUAUAGGAUGUCUUGGCACAGUUGACAUAAGUGGCAUUUCUCUUUCAUAUUUUGAAAAUUUCAAUGAAUAUGUGAAAAGACCUCAACAAGAACAGUUCAUAAAAACAUCACCAAACCUUGCCAUUGUCGGCUGUGUUAAUGAUGGUACCUGCUUGCCUAAUCCUUGUGUUAAUGGUGGAAGUUGUGUAGCCCUCAAUCACCUUUAUCAAUGUGCCUGCCCCAUUGGUUGGACUGGUACACACUGUGAGAGUAACAUUAAUGAAUGCCUAUCCAGUCCGUGUUUUCAUGGUAACUGCACAGAUCUGAUCCCAAUGUAUGAAUGCAACUGUGAACCUGGUUACACAGGCAAAAUGUGUGAUGUGAACACUGAUGAAUGUGGGAGCCUUCCGUGCGUAAAUGAUGCUACUUGUGUCAAUAACGCCAGUGGCUUUUCUUGCAUUUGUCCUGCUCAUUUUACAGGAAAACUUUGUGAAUACUCCAAAUUGCCAGCAAUGCACUGUGGAGAUAAGAAGGAAAAUCUUACUUGUCAUAAUGGUGGCAACUGUACUAAAACAAAUGGAAAGAUGAUGUGCUCAUGUAUUCCAGGCAUAACUGGAGAAAGUUGUGAGCUCGACAUUGAUGAAUGUAGCUCUGAUCCUUGCCUGAAUGGAGGCUUGUGCCAAAACUUACUCAACCGGUUCCAGUGCAUCUGCGAUGUUAACUUUGCUGGAGACCACUGUGAAAUUGAUCUAAAGUCCGACAGGCUGGCAUCAGAAGUUAUUAUCUCUGUUGGAUCGAUCGUAUUUGCCUUGCUGCUGGUACUAUGUCUUCUUCUCCCCGUCUUGAUUUUCACUGUGAAAAAAAGAGCAUCUCAAGGUACAUACAGCCCUAGCCGUCAGGAAAAGGAAGGAUCUCGUGUGGAAUUAUGGAAUGUGAUGAUGCCUCCUCCAAUGGAAAGGCUCAUUUAGGAUAAAAUAUUCAGUGUGAUAGUGGGCAACACAUGACAUUUGCACUUGCAGCCUUGUAAAUAUGUACAAUGUGACAUCUAAACGUUUGGUCUGAUAGGGAUAAUAUAUUGUGCCUGCUUGUCAAAGAUGAUUAUUUGGAACAUGAGGUUUGUAUAUAAGUUUUUUUUUUCUUUGUAUGUAGUCUUUUUUUUUCUACUAAUGUUACAUGGUAUGAACUUCAGUUUAUGUGUAAAAAACUGUGUGUUAUGCAAGGGUUUCACUUAAAAACAGAUGAGUGUGCAUUUAACACAACAUUCUCAGUAGAAUCAAAUCACAGAAAUGAUUGCUAAGCUUGAAUAAUGUCAAGAUGUUAGACUGUAUAAUGCCAAGUAAUGUCCAAUACUCGUGACCUGCUUAAAGGGUUCUGCUGCUCUCCCAACAGGAAGAGCAUUACUGUUUUAAAGUGCUUUUCUAUUCAGUUCUAAGAGUCAAAAUUAUUUCUGAAAA